AUGGAACCAAAACCUCCGUUCAAAGUUAAAGCCAUUUAUGAUUACAAAUCAGACCAUGAUGAAGAUUUGUCAUUUACGAUAGGACAAAUCAUCACUGUUCUGGAAAUUGAAGAUGAUGAUUGGUUUACAGGUAGUUAUGAUGGUUUAUCAGGUAUGUUUCCCAAGAAUUUCGUUCAAAUUGUUCCAAAAAGAGAAGUCCCUCAACCUCCUGUUGCUCCUAUUCCUGUAGAUGCAGAAUCUGAAGGAGAGGAAGAAUCAGAUGAACAACCAAUUGAACAAUCCAUAAACAAGGCUGAGGCAACCCCAGUUCAACCCAUUGAUCUGGAAGAACCUGCAGUUGAAGAGGGAAAGGAUUCAACGGAAACAGCCAAAGAUGUACCUGAACCCACUCAAGAGCCAAUUGAACCAAAAAUCGAACCAAAGAUCAAACCAAUGGGUGUUUUCCCCAAUCAGAAAAGAGAAGAUCCCUAUGCGAUCAAGAAGCAAUUCAUUGCAUCGGCCAAGUCAUCAUAUGUCCCCCAAUAUAAACCCAGGGAUGAUUCGUUUUUGAUCGGAGGACACCAUGACAAUAAACCACCUCCAGCUGAUAUUGUCAAGUCAACACAAGUUGAAGAUGUUAAUGAAGAACCAGAAGAGAAAAUGAGUUUGCAAGAACGUAUUAAAUUAUUGCAACAACGUCAAAAAGAAGAGGCAGAAAGAGAAUCUGCUGCUAUAAAAAGACAAGAAUUGAGAAAGCAGAAAGCUGCUGAGGAAAGGGAAAGAUUAAAGAAGGAAAGAGAAGAAGCUGCUGCCGCUGCCCCAGAAGAACACCCUGGUUUAGACGAAGACACCCCAAUUGAACAGGAAGUUGAAGUUGAGCGUAGAAAAUCACUCUCCAGAACCAACACCGGUAGAUCCUUAGAAUCCAGUCAUACCGGAACAUCCAGAAAGUCUAUUGAUCAUGGUGAGAUCGAAGACCCAUUAGGUGAAACGAAAGAAGAAGAGGAAGAGGAAGUUGAUGAAGGGGAAGAUGAUGAAGAUUUGAAAAGACAAAAAUUGGUUGAAAGAAUGGCCAAGAUAUCUGGGGGUAGAAAUAUGUUUGGUAUGAUGGGAAUGUCUCCUUUUGGGGCUCCUAAACCUAAAGCUAAAGAGCCUGAACCUGAACCUGAAGUUGAGGAAGAAGAAAAGGAAGAGGAAAGAGCUGCACCUAUCCCGAUUAUGCCUUUUGCUGACCCUGCCGCUUUAGAAAAAUUGAAAAAGAAAGCUGAGCCUGAACCUGAACCUGAGUCUGAAUCUGAAUCUGAGGCAGAGGAAGAAAAGGUAGGUAACAAAACCAUUGAUCCUAUUGAACCUCCUGUCUUCGAAGAAGAAAAAGAUGAUGAACCAUCCUUAGGUGAAGACGAUCAACCUGAACCUAAAGAGAUCAAACCACUAGGCUUGAGUUCCAAGGAACCUGAUAUUCAAACUGAUAGCGGAUUCGAAAGCGAACAUGAAAAGUUACCCAUCAAAACUGUAAAAUUGGAAAAUGAACCUACAGGUUACGAAGCUGAUGAGGAUGUAUCAGAUAAAAAGUCGUCUCCAGAACCAAUGAUUGCAACUUCUACCAAGAAUGAUGAUAUUCCUGAUAUUACACCACCAUUGGGUUGUCAAAUGCCAAGGAACCCACAAGUUCCUCAGGUACCUCCUGUUCCUCUGGCUCCAAUUCCACCAGUUGCCGAUAGAGCCCCACCGGUCCCUCCUGUAUCCAAGAGUGAAUUACCACCUAUUCCUCCUGUUGCACAAGCACCCCCAGUUCCCCCUGUACCUACUGCUCCAAUUACUCUGGCUCCAUUAGAAGAAGAUACAGAAGUAUCCGAACCAGAAGUGAUCAAUGAAAGUGAUUUAGAAGACGAGUUCGAAUUUGGGGCUCCUCAAAGAUCCAAAACUUUACCUCCUAACAUGCCUCCACCGAUUCCAUCAACCUCCACUAGUCAACCACCGAACGUGCCAGCUCCAAAUUCUGCACCACCAGUCCCACCAACACCUUCAGUACCAGUUCCAGGGAUCCAGAGAGCUUCCACGGAUGCUUCUCGUUUAACCCACACUAAUACUGGAUCAUCAAUGGGAUCUUUCAAACGUACAUCUACUGAUUUAUCCAGAGGAACUCAGGCGGAAAUUUGCUUUGACAAUUUGCAAAAUGAAUUGUUGAACCUAGAAAAUUCAAACUGGUGGUUGAAAGACUUAUUACCUGAAUUCUUGACCAUUAAAAUUGGUAGUGAGUUGAUUUUCGAGGUAGAUUCCAAUCAAAUAACCAAAAGAGGUAAUAGAACUAAGGUAUACAAAGAUUAUUACAUCUUGUUCUAUGAUUUGAGUCAAAUUGUAUUCGAAUUGGAAUAUGAACUUCAAGAUCCUAGAACAACCGUCAAAUUCACCAAUUUAGAUCAAAAACCCAUUCCCUUAGUAAGAAAGGAUUUAUUAGAUAAAUAUUACCAUACUUACAGUAAUGAGAUAUUGAAAAUUGUUGGUGGAUUAGGAAAUAUCAAUAACAAUUCUUUGGUUAGUGUGGUAACUUCAAAACUAGGAGGCUCCUUACCUCCAAUUGGUAGUAAAUCUUUUGGAGUUCCAAUCUAUAAGAAUGUCAAUAAUCACAACGUUUCAAAAACCGACGAUAUUAGACCUGGUGACAUAUUAUGCAUCAAGAAUGGGAAAUUUCAAAUACAUAAAGGCUUGGGAUCGAAGACUUUGAUAGUUGGAGAUGAAGAAAUAUAUCUGUCGAUUAUUGGAGAAUUUGAUCCAAAGAAAGAAAAAUUCAAAGUGUUUGAGUCAGUCAAUGGAAACAUAAAGCAAACAAGCUAUAAAACAAGUGAAAUGAAGAGUGGGCAAAUCAGAGUUUUCCGUAUUGUAGGAAGAGAUUACGUAGAUUGGUAA